AUGGUUAAAGCAUUUUACAUGUUCUAUCAAAUAAUAGAACAACUUAUAUUUGUGGCAUGCUCAACAGUGACGGUGAAAAAGUGUCAGGCAGCUCUACGCACCCUGCAGGCUUUCACUUUCUUUCGACCGACGUGCCUCUGCAGGGAGCCACAUGUCGAUCCGGACUGCAACAGCUUCCAGAACUUCCUAUUCGACCACCCAUGCGACUAUGUGGAGUGGAAAGAUAAAGAUCCAUAUCCGAUAGACGCAUUGCCGACAUGCAAUCAUGCGCUUAAUACUUGUCUACGUGGGAAACCUUGCAAUCAGAUCUUUAAGGAUUUUAAAACUAACUGCAAGACCCAAGAAGGCCAGUGCAAAAUGGAGAAUCGAGAUGCUUGUCAUGAUUCCUGGACUCAACUGCGACUAUCGCCAAUGUUCGGCUGUAUAUGUCCGAAUAAUCAUAUGAAGCGACGAUGCGACAAGAUCUUCUCGACGGUGAACCACAAUCCCUGCGUUGAGGUCCUGCCCUCCUCCACCUCCGUAGACCUGUCGGGCACGGAUUCGGCCCUGUACCCGUUCGACCCACAGCAGGAGAACUACCAGGAGAUCUGGUUGCCGCCGACCAUGAAGGUCAUCGCUCAUCCGGACAAUUCCACCAGCUUCGAGGUGAUUGAAUCGCAGUUAGAAAAUCCACUGAUCGAUGCCAAACAUCGGGAUCUGUUCAACAUGAAGCAGAUCCCCAUCCCGGUUGGUCAUCAUCAUCGUACUCAUCAUAAGAGGAACCAGACAGAUGAUUUCGAACAGGCGGGUAUGGAGCCACCGUCCUCUACGUCAGACAUCGAUAAGAUACAACAGCCGGUGAAACUGAUCUUAUCCAGCACGUGCCAUCAUGCUUACACGUCCUGCAAAAACGAUCCGGAAUGCAAGAAUCUGCUGGAACCUGUUCUGAACCACUGCGACUCGACGACGUGCGCGAGGAACGAGUGCAUGGAAGCGUUACAGCAUUUCUACAAGACCGCCAAUCACAAGCAUUCCGUGGAAAUUGCCUUCUGCCUUUGCAGGAAAACGGACAACAAAAAGGACGAGUGCAUAGUGGCGCAAGAGAAAAUGCAUCCAACUUGUGCGCAACGCAUAGACGGUGCCGAAAUGCCAACGUGUCACAGUCUAGCCGAGACUUGCAAAGAGAACAGGAGUUGUAGACUUAGACUAGAGUAUUACGAACAGAGUUGCGCGGUCGACAGCAUGACGAAGAAAUGCGCCGGACCAACCUCCGAGUGCAGAAAAGCGAUGCUGGGCAUUUUGGGUACUGAACUUCAUACUAAUUGCGCUUGUAAGGGCACCGAACUUAACCAGCUAUAUGGCUGUCUGGGUUGGCAGCGGCUUCUCUGGGUGAAUCCUUGCGUAGUGGAGUCGCAGAAGGACUACCACGCGCGUAGAAAGCACCAUCAUUCGCGAACGACAACAGCGAAGACAACGACGGCGGCCGUCGCAUCAACGACGAGAUCACCGGCGAGCACGACGGCGACCACCGCAGUCGAACAAGUGGAAGAUAAUCAAAUACCGGAAGUGACGAGGUGGCCGACCACCGAACCCACGGAAACUUGGGAAAUCACAACCACCACUAUAAGCACCACUCCGAGCACCACCACAACUACCACGCCGACACCACGCUUCUGCGUGGUUCAAAGGUCGAAUACACACAGUCAGCAAUACAUAAGGGAAGGCAAGGGCAAAAGGCUUUAUCGUGAAGACGAGCCCGAAUGCUCAGAACUGUGUGUCUGUGCUGAAGGUGAACAACUCGUUUGCAAUACCUUGUGCGUCGAAACGUUACCCUGUAAGACAGAUUUCGCUUUCUACAAUCAUGAAGCACCAGCCUACCAAGCGCAUCGAGGUCCUUGCCUUUGUUAUAGCGGCGGCUUUAUAUGCAUGCGGCCUUCGCCCGACACAUAUAGUAUACCGCACGGGGUUUUCAUGUUCCUGGGAUACAGCGAGAAGGAUGAGACCUUAUUGAAGCAGUACAACAAUGUGACCGUGCUGGACGCGGUGUCAUCUCUCGAUAAUUUCAUGAGAAAGGAAGUCAAUAAUCAGACAGUAUGCACACUCUUCUUGUACAAUGCGACCCGAGAAAACGUGAUCGCAGUGGCACGACUCGGGACCGACAAUCCACCCUUAAAUAGCAGCCAGGCUCAAAGUCUGCAACACCUGCUACGCGUCAAGGAAGAGUGCGCAUCGAUGAUGCAAGAUCUCAGCGACAAGAUCAACAAUAAGCAUCACGAAGUACGCACGCAUCCGCUACUCUCGAUCUUCAAAAUGGCCGAGGUUGAAGUGAAGAUGCCGUACAGCAACGAAGCGGCGAUCUCCAGGUCGUCAUCGGUGCUCCUUGUUGUUUUGUUUGCAAUCAGCUUCUUUGGGUCGACUUGCCUCUUUGAUUCGUGACAGGGACAUCAAGAUAUCACUAAGAAUUUGUAUCGAGUAUCCUCCUUGCGGAGGAUCACCACAUGUCGCAUUCACGUGGUAGCGGCGGUUCCACCCUGAUGAGAGAGAAUUCGUGGCCUUGAAGGGCGCAGAUCCACGAAGGGAAGAAAUCUCCGCCUACCCCUCGAUCGCCGUGCGGAUCGACAGAUCGUAGGGAUCGAUCGGCGGAUCCGCACAGAUUCCCACACAUUCCCGCCGAUCGCGGAUCGCUCACCGCGCCGUUAAAAAUAUUAUUAAAUAUAUAUUGAUAUUUAAUGGUAUUUUUGUUACGUACUACAUCUCGACAGGGCGUCCUCGAACCUUAUUCUUAAUUCUUCGACUGUCAUAUA